GAGCAUCAACAAACUUGGGCCAUCGCCGUCGCCCGCCGUCAACCCACCUACUUAACUUUGACUACUUUUGAACCGGCUCCGCCGCUACACUACCAACAAACGCCGCCGUUCCGGGUUGUCCGCUACCUCCAUAGGAAUCAUCGACAGUCCUUCUUCGCUACUCACAAAGAACAACAGCCAGCUCCUCGCUAGUUGUUGAAAAAAAGCACCUCUUCGCUCCCUCGACGAGUCCGUCCAAAUUGAAAUUGGCAUAAUUUCCCCAAAGGCCAACACUCCCCGAUUCCCACCCACCACUCCUUCUAUAUAGAACUCCGCCUUCCCCGUUUCCUCCUCCCUCCCUCCUCCGCCGCCGCCCAAUUUCCUUUCAAAUCUUUCCUUUUCCCCAUCAAUGGAAGCCUCCACCCUUUCCCGCAUCGGGCUCGCCGGCCUGGCCGUGAUGGGUCAGAACUUGGCCCUCAACAUCGCCGAGAAAGGCUUCCCGAUCUCCGUCUACAACCGCACCACUUCCAAGGUCGACGAAACCCUCCAGCGCGCGCAGAACGAAGGACCCUUCCCUCUCUCCGGCCACUACACUCCUCGCGAUUUCGUCCUCUCCCUCCAGCGGCCCAGAUCUGUCAUCAUCCUGGUCAAAGCAGGGUCCCCCGUUGACCAGACCAUCGCCGCACUUUCCGAGCACAUGGAAUCCGGCGACUGCAUCAUCGACGGCGGGAACGAGUGGUACGAGAACACCGAGCGCCGGAUUCAGGAGGUGAGCAAUCGGGGUAUUCUUUAUUUGGGUAUGGGUGUCUCCGGCGGCGAGGAAGGUGCACGUAACGGCCCUUCCUUGAUGCCCGGUGGGUCUUUCGAAGCUUAUAAUAACAUCAAGGAUAUCCUAGAGAAAGUAGCUGCUCAGGUUGAGGAUGGUCCUUGCGUUACUUAUAUUGGGGAAGGUGGAGCUGGGAAUUUUGUGAAGAUGGUUCACAAUGGGAUUGAGUACGGCGAUAUGCAGCUCAUCUCUGAAGCUUAUGAUGUGUUGAAGAACGUGGGCGGGUUGUCGAAUGAGGAGCUUGGUGAGAUUUUUGGGGAGUGGAAUCGAGGGGAGCUCGAGAGUUUCCUGAUUGAGAUCACUUCCGACAUUUUCAAGGUUAAAGAUGAUCUUGCCGAUGGGGAGUUGGUGGAUAAGAUUCUGGAUAAGACUGGGAUGAAGGGUACUGGUAAGUGGACGGUUCAGCAAGCUGCUGAGCUCUCUGUUGCUGCACCCACUAUUGCUGCUUCUUUGGACUGCAGGUACUUGAGUGGGUUGAAGGAAGAGAGGGAGAAUGCUGCUGAGAUUUUGAAGGAGGCUGGAUUGAAGGAGGAAGUUGGAGCCGUGAAGAGUGGCAUUGAUAAGAAGAGGUUGAUUGACGAUGUGAGGCAGGCAUUGUAUGCUUCCAAGAUUUGUAGCUAUGCUCAAGGGAUGAAUCUGUUGAGGGCCAAGAGUAUCGAGAAAGGCUGGAACUUGAAUUUGGGAGAGAUGGCCAGGAUUUGGAAAGGCGGGUGUAUUAUCAGGGCAGUGUUUUUGGACAGGAUCAAGAAGGCUUAUCAGAGGAAUCCAAACUUGGCUAGCUUGAUUGUUGACCCAGAAUUCGCCAGGGAGAUGGUUCAGAGGCAAGCAGCUUGGAGAAGAGUUGUGGGUACGGCCAUCUCAGCAGGGAUCAGUACACCUGGAAUGUGUGCUUCUCUUGCUUACUUCGACACUUACAGACGUGCUAGACUGCCAGCCAAUCUUGUCCAGGCUCAGAGGGACUUGUUUGGGGCACAUACUUAUGAGAGGGUUGAUCGCCCUGGUGCGUUCCAUACCGAAUGGACAAAACUCGCUCGCAACAGCAAUGCUGCUGGUGUGCAUGCUUUGAACUAAAGCUUUGAUGUUGAAGACCUGUUGGGGUUUGUCUUGCUUGUUUCUGGGUUUCGAUUGGGUUGUUUGCCUAUUUGAAUUUAGAAGAAAGUGUAUGUUGCGCAUUCAGGAAAAGAUUGGCUAGGCAUAACAAAGGACCAUUUAGUUGUUUACUUUACCGUUAAUAAGAAAUGCUUGCCUCUUUAGACUUCAUUGAGUUUACAAUGGAAAUGGAAAUAGUUAUGUUUCUUCGCCUGUUUAUUUUUGCUUCUACUUAAUUGAUUUUCCCAGUUAGAAAAGUAAUUGAAAGUUGAAGUCUUUCUAUUGAUACAAAGCAAUACAUGGGCAUCUGUUACUUGCCAUGCAUUCAUAUAGUCACAACCUUUAGAAGGGAUUGUGGUACAAUGGAUACCGUGAUCAACAUGGAAGAAGAAGACUGAAGAAAAGUUAGGUAUAUGA